CAACACCACCAAAAUAUUAAAAUUAACGUUUUUCAGUGUUUUAUUUUGCUAAAUCAUUUCACGCCCUAUCAGUUGCUAGACAAAAACAAAAAUUAAUCAAUUUUAUUGGUGAUUAGAAAAUUUAUAACACAGUAUCAAUAAAACUUUGAUCCUUGAAAAUCGAUUGAUUAGAAAUUAAUACCUGAUUAAAUGAAAGUUAGUUGUUCUAGUUUAUUCAAGACAAUAGUGUAUUUAGCAUAGCUCAGCAUCAUAAAAAAUGGUAUCAACACAGCAGGAAACAGGAGAAAUUAUUCUUAAAGGACCCAAAUUUCCAUUAUCACAAGAUUGUAGUUUAGGAACAUUAAUUUUGGAUAAACUUACAAAACAUGGAGACAAAAUAUCUCAAAUAUACUCUUUAACUGGAGAAUCAUACAAACAUAUUGAUAUAAAAACUCGAAGUAUUCGAGUUGCUAAGGAAUUAAGUUCUCGGGGCGUUGGUUUAGGUGAUGUUGUAUCAAUUUGCUCUGCUAAUACUCCAUCUUCUGCCUUACCAUUACUAGCUGCAAUGUAUAUAGGUGCACCAAUAAGUCCAUUGGAUCCAAGUUUAAAUAAGUUUGAUAUAAAACAUUUGAUGAACAUCACGGCUCCAAAAAUUAUAUUUACUGAAGAAAGUUGCCUUAAAAAUAUUGAAGAAGUUGUCGAUGAAUUACAUUUGUCAACGGAAAUAGUGGUUUUUGGUGAAUCCGAUAAGCAUAUACCCUUCUCACAAUUUUUAUCCGAAUCAAUUGAUAUUGAUGAUUUUGAGCCAGUUAACUUCCCAAAUCCACAAGAUCAUAUUGCAUUACUGAUGUCUUCCAGUGGUACUACCGGCUUACCGAAAUGUGUUGUACUUUCUCACGCAGCAAUUCUUUUCCAACUUCAAAUAGCUGUACUAGCUGGACUUCCACCAGGCGUGUCAGUCUUAAAUAUGUCUUCAUUAUUCUGGAUAACUGGUAUAUUAGUUACAUUAUUUGCGAUUGCACUUGGUGCGGUUCGCAUUAUAACACCGCCCUUCGAACCGGAACAUACUUUGAAAACAAUUGAAAAAUAUAAAAUUACAUGGAUGAUUCUUGGUGUAACAUUCUUUUCACGUAUGGUUACAUAUCCAAAAGCAAGUGAUUUUGAUUUAAGCUGCGCUCAAAUGGUUUGUAUUAGUGGCGCUAAAGCAAGUGAACAACAUUUAGCUGAAGGCAGAAAAGUUUUCCCACGUGCUUUAAUAACCUCCAGUUAUGGUUUAACUGAAACAUCUGGCGCAAUUUUCAAAAUAGAUUAUUCAAAACCCGCAUCUUUAGGUCGUUUAUUUCCUGGGCUAGAGUGUAAAGUGGUUGAUAUCGAAAAUGGUGCAUCUCUAGGGCCUGACAAAAAAGGUGAAUUCUGUUUCAAAGGAAGACCAUUAUUCUCUGGAUAUUAUAAAAAUGAAAAAGCAACUAACGAAGCAAUUGAUAAAGACGGCUGGUUACACACUGGAGAUCUUGGUUACUAUGAUGAUGAGGAAUGUUUUUAUAUCGAAGGACGAAUUAAGGAACAAUUUAAAUGUAAAGGAUGGCAGAUAUCACCCGUGGAAUUGGAGUCAGUAUUGCUAGAACAUCCAGCAAUCAAAGAAGCUGCUGUAAUAGGAGUGCCACAUAAAGUUGAUGUGGCAAGACCUAAAGCUUUCAUUGUAAAACGACAAAACUCAGAGGCAACAGUACAAGAAAUACAUUCAUACAUGAAAGAACGCAUGAAUCCAAAUAAACAAAUCACCGGUGGUAUUGUAUUUGUUGAGUCUUUACCAACAACACCAACAGGAAAAAUCCAAAAAAGAGCUUUAGUGGAACUAGCAAAGCAGUAUUUAACGGAUGAUGAAUAAUUCAAGAUUAUUAUAUUUUGUCAAAAUCAAACGUAUUAAUUUAUUUUUUUUAAUUUUAAGAUGUAAAAAUUUUUAUUAUUGUACCUGUUAUAUUAAAAUAUUUUAACUUUUUUGCCAGUAUUGCCGUAGUAUAAACUAGGUCGUUCCAGCCAG